CAUUUAUUAUUACUAUUGGAGAUAUUUCUGAGGAACAUAGAAGUAAACGAAGUUCGGUAAGUAGUAUACUUUGUUACUUACUGAAAGCUAAUGAAAAGUAGCUGUUAAUAGUUAAUAAGGAUUACACGAGUUAUUAUUAAACAAUUUUAUUUAUGCUUAGAUCUGGAAUUGAAGAACCACCAUGUGAAAGAAAUGCGUUGCUACAUGAAAUCAACAGUAUCUGCGAAGAAAAUAAUUAUAAUUUAAGAGAAACCGGAAAGCGAACUCCAUCGAAGGGAGCACAGUUAACGGAGUUAGCCAAAAAAAUAAGAGAUGAAUGUGCAGCAUCAUUUAGUGCAGAAAACCAAGUUUUUCAAUGUGGAGAGGAUGUACUCGCUUCCAACGAUCAACUGCCUUUCGUGGAUCAUAAUUAUGGAACUGUGGCCCAAACCAUUACAAUUGCGGGUGAUGAUUUACAAGAAAUUGAUGAAAAUAUUCCACCCAACAGUGAGGCAAUGGAAAAACCACAAUCACUACGAGGAACGGCACAGACUUCGAACCAGGAAACAUCAUCAGUUUCAAAAAAUAAACAAAUUAUAGGACCUACUAGAAGAAGAUUGAACAAAGCCCAACCUUUACGAAAAAAUGCCUUGGGGUAUCUCACAGAAAAAAACGAAAAGGAGUAUAUUUUAAAAACAAAAGAAUUGGAAUUGCAGCACCGAAAAAUUGCUGUAGAGGAGCGCAAAGUGGCAGUGGAAGAAAGAAAGCUGGAGAUCGAAGAACGAAAAAUUCUAUUGGAAAAUAAAAGGCUGGACUUCGAUCACCAGGAACGCAUGGAAAGGCUGGAAAUAGAAAAAAAUAACUAUAAAAUAGAGUUAGAACAAAAAAAAAUUACGAAUCAAUUACUUGUAUCUCAACAAAAUCUUAUUGAUAAUCUCUUAAAGAAAUAAAGCAAAAGUGUUUUAAUUAAUAUUUUAAUUUGGUAUACCAAAGUACUCAUUAAGA